UGAGAUAUCUGUUGAAAUACCAAAAACAGAUUUUAACUACUACUUGCUGGGCACAAAAUUUGUUUUUUGUAAAUUAGUUUGAAUGGAUCGAAAGUAUGCUGAGCCGUGCAAGGCUCCAGGAAUUUCUUACCCUGAUAGUGUUAAGACUGAAGUUCCCUUGCAGAAAAGAGAAACGAAAUUAGCACAAUCACAGCCGCCGGAAAAAGUUUUCCGCUGUGAAAAGCAUGAAGCUUCCUCAUCCCAAGGCUCGUUGUUCUGUGAAGAAGUGGAGGAAGAAUCAUUCGAGGAAAGUCAACUGGAAAUAAAAGAUAUUUACGAGGAGGUGAGUCGCUUGAGACGGCGUGUGAGUCGACUGAACCACAUGCUUGGCACAAAUAUACCAGAAUGUCCAAAUAUCGAUCUAUGCGAACAUGAACAUAUGUUAUUGACGAUGCCUGACCAAAUCCACCCCGAGAUCCUUCAAAUCGAGAUUGAUAAUAAGAAACUGAACACUCAACUGACACAGUUACAACCUCUUGAAAAAUCAGCCGUUCAGGCCAUAAAAUCAGUGCGUGAUGUUCAAGUCAAGAACAAGACACUAGUUGACCAGUUGAGGAGCAGAAUUAAGGAGUUGGAUUCCUUUAAACUUACAUUCGAAAAACAUCAAGUGCUGUGCAAGGAACGAUAUUGGUUUUUGGAAAGGAAUAAAGCCAGUGGCACGGAAAUCCAAAAUUGUGGCGACAGAAGAGCCAAUUUCAUACAAAAUCAUCUUAAAAAACAUGUAGUCAAGGAUGAGUAUGAGCCCCGUAGGAAGGAAGCCCUUAAGGUCGUGCUGCAUUUAAGAAGAGCCUCGGAGAACCUACAGAAAUAUCUGUCAAACGAGAUAAACAACAAAAAACUUGAACUCUUCCAAGACGUGCAACAAGUAAAUUAAAUAAUUCAAAGCUGUUAAUACAUACAAUUAAAUUGUUUACAUAUAA